GCCAGCAGUACGCACAUACCGUGUACUGUUUCGCCAUGCUCUCAGAGAGAUGGCAAAUUAGAACAUUUUACGCUGUUGCAAAGACAACUUGUACGGCAUUUGAUUCCCUAAAAAAGGAAGGCUAUAAAAGAACCACUGAAAUAUUUUCGCACAAUAUGGUUAGCAGACAGCAGUUUUAAUUUCUUGUGUGGGUUCUUAAAAAAGGAUGACAUCUCGAGCCCCAUAGCGGCGCACAUCCUAGACUUCUACGACGACGACGACGGUGGCUGCGGCGGCGGCGGUGGCGAUCUCUUCGUGGGAGUGAACGCGGCCUCGGAUAUGUUCACGGUGCCAUCGGAGGAUGUCUCGACGUCAUCCGUAACGACGCCUCCUGCACCCUGCGGCGGCCAUGGCGACAACGCGUCGUCGUUGGACGCCGCUGCCUCGGCCUUCUCUCCCAUGCCGUUCCUCGACUCCACCCUCUCGGCUCUGCUCGAAGAAGAAGACGCACCGGUUCUAGACACGGAACUCCUCGCCAUCGACGACUACCGGUUCGCGGCGACGGCGGUAGCCGGAGAUGAGCCACGGCCCGAGCAGCAGCGGUUCGCACAGGUGCCGAUGGUGCUUCCGGUGGCAGAACACCCGAGUAGUCUGCAGACGCAGAUGAGCAGCACAGCGUUCGAGCUGCUGCACGCAGCGUCGUCGUCGUCGGGGUACACCGACAACGACUGCUUCGCGGCGGCAAUGGACGAAGGAGGAGGAGGGUACGUGGGCCUAGACGAGGCCCUUUGCCAGCAGCAGCAGCAUCAGCUCCUGCAACCUGGCGCGUUGCUCUCCGCUGGCAUGAUGGAGACUGCAGCGCAGGGUUGCUACUUCGUCAACGGCGGUCCGACAGCACAGGGAGUCCUGUUCGGUGCCAGUGGCAGCGGCGUGGUGAUGCCCAUGACGGCGGGGUUGGAGGAGAUCGGCGAGUACCAGCGCAUGAUGGAGAGCGCCAGCGCAGCGCUGGCCGCCACGCACAGCCCCGACGCGGACUCCGUCGCCGCGGCGCAGCAGAUGGCGUUUAGCGGCAACGGCGGGGAAAUGCAGGUAGAGCUGGGCGCUACUAGAACACACGGCAUGCAUGCAUGCAUGAACCGUUUCUUGAUGGUGCUCGAUCGGCAGAUGGGCGGCGGCAGCAUGAGCCCGGGGCGGCUGCCGGCGGCGACGGAGGCGGCGUCGAGCUUGGAGGACACCGACUUCAAGAGCGCCCGCAUCACCGUUGAGGAGAGACGGGAGAAGAUCCACAGGUACAUCAAGAAGCGGAACGAACGCAACUUCAGCAAGAAGAUCAAGUACGCUUGCAGGAAGACCCUGGCGGACAGCAGGCCCCGCGUGCGCGGCAGAUUCGCCAAGAACGACGACUAUGGCGAGCCGUCGUCAAGGGUGGCGCACAACCACGACGAAUACGACCACAUGGCCGCCAUGAAGGCACAGGACAUACUCGACCCCGACGCCCUGCAGGCCGCCAUGAACUCCUACAUGUACAACCACACUGUUGAGUCCUGGAUGUAACGCAAACACGUCGAGACGAUGGCGGUUUCGGGUUUUCUAAAUUUUGUUCAGUGAGCCUUACUUUAUUUGGUCGCCCCAUGGAAUAACUGGUCCUGGACAAAGUAUAGGUUAUAAAUUGUCCAGCUCGAUUUGCAUGCUAUAGACAUCGUGUUGAUUUCACCAACUUGAGAUAGAACCUGGCUAUAGUUCAGAGUUUUGAAUGUAGAGAUUUGUACUCGCUUUAUUGACUUCCAUUUUCAGCUCCAUUUUUAUGACUUCUCCCACUCAAAAUUGAAAGAAAAGGAUCUACAAUUAUAUCUGAGCAUUUGAGUCAAGAAAAAUCUUACUUCAAACAUUCCUAAAAAAGAAUGGUGGUACAGUUCGGCCUAAAAAAGAAUAGUGGUACAGGGCUUAAUACUGGAACCAUCAUACAAAAGCACAAAUCCAAACAAGAUCACAACGCCAGCACAUCACUAAACUGACUACAGAAGUGCACAGUUCGGCCUA